UGCCCGCGCCUGCGCGCUCCCUCUGCACCCCGCGCUAAGAUGGCGGCCUUCUCCUUGGAGCAGAAGUUGUCGCGCCUGGAAGCCAAGCUGAAACAGGAGAACCGCGAGGCGCGGCGCCGGAUCGACCUCUCCCUCGACAUGAGCUCGCCUUCCAGCCCGAGGAGACCCCGACCAAUUAUAGUGAUCACUCUAAGCCCUGCUCCUGCCCCGUCCCAACGAGCAGCUCUUCAGCUUCCAUUAGCAAAUGAUGCUGGCAGCCGAUCAUCUUCAUCAGAAACCUCGCCACAGCAUCACCCGCCCCCUUCACGUCCUCGGCACAUGCUCAGCCUCCCACAACCGCUGCUGCAGAAGAGCAUGGAAAGCAUGGAGAUUGAGCAGAAGCUGCAAGAGAUUAUGAAACAAACUGGGUACCUGACAAUAGGAGGGCAGCGAUAUCAGGCUGAGAUCAGUGACCUGGAAAAUCUGGGCGAGAUUGGCAGCGGUACGUGCGGGCAGGUGUGGAAAAUGAGGUUCAAGAAAUCAGGACACAUAAUAGCAGUGAAGCAAAUGCGUCGCUCAGGUAACAAAGAAGAGAACAAACGAAUCCUGAUGGAUCUGGAUGUGGUGUUGAAGAGUCAUGACUGUCCUUACAUCGUGCAGUGCUAUGGCACCUUCAUCACCAAUACAGAUGUGUUCAUUGCCAUGGAACUGAUGGGCACGUGCGCUGAGAAGCUGAAGAAACGCAUUCAGGGGCCUAUGCCAGAAAGGAUUCUCGGCAAAAUGACCGUUGCGAUUGUCAAAGCUCUCUUCUACCUGAAGGAAAAGCAUGGUGUCAUUCACAGAGAUGUCAAACCUUCCAACAUUCUUCUGGAUGAGCGGGGACAAAUCAAGUUGUGUGAUUUUGGGAUUAGCGGGAGACUGGUUGACUCGAAAGCAAAGACGAGGAGUGCAGGCUGUGCAGCAUACAUGGCGCCGGAGAGGAUAGAUCCUCCCGAUCCAACCAAACCUGAUUACGACAUCAGAGCGGACGUGUGGAGUCUGGGCAUUUCACUGGUUGAACUCGCCACAGGGCAGUUUCCGUACAUAAACUGUAAAACAGACUUUGAGGUUUUAACAAAAGUGCUGCAGGAAGACCCUCCUCUGCUUCCUCAGACCAUGGGUUUCUCCAUGAACUUCCAGUCAUUUGUAAAAGAUUGCCUUACAAAAGAUCACAGGAAGAGACCAAAAUACAACAAAUUGCUUGAACAUAAUUUUAUUAAACGCUACGAGACCUUAGAAGUGGACGUGGCUUCGUGGUUCAAAGAGGUGAUGGCAAAGACUGAAUCGCCGCGAUCGAGCAGCAUCCUCAGCCAGCAGCACCUCCCGAUCUUCUCCAGGUAGCCGGCAGGCAGAGUGGCAACUCAACCUGUGGGGGAGGAGAGGAGAGGAGUUUCGGCAAGUCACCACCAACACCCGCGGCGUCAGGCACAGCUCCUGAGAACGAUGAAUUGUACAUAGUCUAUCCAUGGGGGGUUUUAUUUUCUGUCUAGUGUGUUCUUUUUGAUUGACUCAGGAGUGUGGGUUGUUGUGUGUUUGGAGAUACCUUCAGUCGGUAGGAAAGGUGUUGCAGACCGCGUAUUGGACUAAGGUUUGUUUCACACUUACUGUGAAAAGCUUACGCGCUGCCGUUGGCCUCUGGCCUUCCCCGUUAACCUCUCCUAACGGGACAAAUGGUGAUUGCACACUGCAGAGGAAUCGCAUCUUUAUAUAGUGUUUAAUAACUACCGGGUUAUGCACUGUGAUUAAAAAAAAAAAAA